CAGAGUGGCAGACACACUGCAGUAAAGACAAGUCUCUGUUUUUCUCUCAAAGAAAAGUCAAAGUGACUUCAUCAGGUCUUUCUCAACAACACAGCAGAGUCUCUUCCAAACACUGACAUGGCUGCUGCAAACUAUCUGUUAUCUGAAGAUCAGUUUCUGUGCUCCAUCUGUCUGGAUGUGUUCACUGAUCCAGUCACCACAUCAUGUGGACACAACUUCUGUAAAAACUGCAUUAAUGAACACUGGAAUACUAGUGGCCAGCACAUGUGUCCAUUGUGUACAAAGGUUUUUAUCUCAAGACCUGAACUGCACGUCAACACUUUACUCUCUGAGAUGGUUGCUCAGUUCAGACAGUCAGCUCAACAGAAAACCAGCAGCUCAGAGCAACAAGAGUCCAAACCAGGAGAAGUUCCCUGUGACUUCUGCACUGGAACCAACUUGAAGGCCCUGAAGUCCUGCCUGGUGUGUCUGGCCUCCUACUGUGAGACUCACCUGGAGCCUCAUCUGACAAUGCCAGGCCUGAAAAGACAUCAGCUGAUCGACCCUGUGGAGAACCUGGAAGACAGGAUGUGUACGAAGCACAAUAAACCUCUGGAGCUGUUCUGUAAGACUGACCAGACAUGUAUCUGCACGCUUUGUCCCGUUUUAGAUCAUAAGAUGCACGAGUUUGUUCCUCUGAAAGAAGAAUAUAAAGGAAAGAAGUUCGAGCUGGAGAAAAUAGAGGCUGAAAUUCAGCAGAUGAUCCAGAAGAGACGACUGAAGAUUCAGGAGAUCAAACACUCAGUCGAUCUCAGUGAGGAAGAUGCAGACAGAGAGAUAGCAGAAGGUGUUCAGGUCUUCACUGAUCUGAAGAAGUCUGUUGAGAGAAGACUGAAUGAGCUCAUCAAAACAAUUGAAGAGAAGCAGAGAACAACAGAAAAACAGGCUGCAGACUCCAUCAAAGAGCUGGAACAGGAAAUCUCUGAGCUGAGGAAGAGAAGCACUGAGGUGGUUCAGCUCUCACUCUCUGAAGACCACCUCCAUCUUCAUCAGAGUGUUCAGUCCUCAAACAUCCACCAUCCGCCACCCACCAAGGACUGGACAAAGGUCAGCAUCACUCCGGCAUCAUAUGAGGGGACUGUGGUGAGAGCUGUGUCUCAGCUGGAGGAGACGCUCAGUAAAAAGAUAAAGAAGCUGGUUAAAGCUGAGCUGAAGAGGGUCCAGAAGUUUGCAGUGGAUGUGACUCUUGAUCCUGAUACAGCUCAUCCUGAACUCAUCCUGUCUGCUGAUGGGAAACAAGUCAAACGUGGUGAUGUGAAGAAUAAUCUCUCAAACAAUCCAGAGAGAUUUUCUCUCGAACCCUGUGUUUUAGGAAAGCAGAGUUUGUCUUCUGGCAGAUUUUACUUUGAGGUUCAAGUUAAAGGAAAGACUGAGUGGGAUUUAGGAGUGGUCAGAGAGUCGAUCAACAGAAAGGAAGUUAUCGCACUGAACCCUCAGAAUGGUUACUGGACUGUAUGGUUGACAAAUGGAAAUGAGUACAGAGCUCUUGAUGCACCGUCAGUCCGUCUCUCUCUGAAGUCUCACCUUCAGAAGGUGGGGGUGUUUGUGGAUUAUGAGGAGGGUCUGGUCUCCUUCUAUGACGUUGAUGCUACAGCUCUUAUCUACUCCUUCACUGGCUGCUUCUUCAAAGAGAAACUCUUCCCAUACUUCAGUCCUAGUCAUAAAUAUGGUGUCAAAAACGCAGCACCUCUGAUCAUCUCUCCUGUCAGAGUAAACUGAGCAAUGAGCUGACUUGAGCAUCGAACACUGAACAGGAAAGCCUGGUUUACACAUAAGUUGUAUUUCAUGACAAAUAAAUAGUUUCCUCUGAAUCUUUCACAAUUAAAAGAUUUUUACAAACAUACAAGAGUUUACAAAAUAUGUUUUUUUCAUAAAUCAAUAAUAAUGUUAAUGUUAACGCAUUAUUAAUAAUGUUAAGGUUUGGACUGCUGGGGGAACAAAGCAAACAUUGUGAAAGUGUCACUUUGUGUUUCUGGGUAAUUGUGACGGCAGAUUGUUGAAAUAUUGUUAGCAGUGUUUUACACUUGAGGGGGGAUGAAUCCGGAGGGCGACACCAACUAAAAACCUGGCGUAAAUGAAUGAGUGUUUGAGUGAUAAAGUGUUCAUAAAGUUUGCAGAUUUUUGAGAGACAGAUAUGACUACGCUUCCCAUGAUGCAACUGGAUGGUGAUUAUUUGAUAGAACCUCCUUAUUUCAUAAACACUUUUGCCCCGUGUUCUAACACAGACAAUCAUCAGGGUUCACCUUUAAAUCUUGGUUUGCUUUUGGUAAAAAGUUGAACCUAGAAUGUAUGUUAGGUGCGUUAGAUAUUAAAAAGAUUUUACCUUUCAAACAACACCUCUUCAAAUUCCUUUAACGUGCAGACAGUAAAAAAAACGGUCAGAUCAAUUCUUGAUCAUUUAAAGUCAUCUGCCAUCCAACAUUUGUUAGAAAUUCCCAGAAUUGAUUCUACUCACAGAGACAAUGUGGCGCUCUGCAAUUUAAGAUUAAAUCAAGACGGGGAUGAAAGCUCUGAAAUACUGCGUAUUGAUUGACUUGAGAGAGGAAAAUGAAUAAAAGCCUCAGACAAGGAGCUAAAAUGAUUUCUAAUUCAGUUGGAAGAGGUGCUAAAGAUUUCCCAUUGCAGCCUCUCAGCUCACGCUUACGGUUUUACACGAAACCUUUGAUGGCGGAACAUUUACAGUAAAGCUUUCUAAUGUUAGAAGAGUUGCACAGAAUAAUAAUAUUCAACCAACAGUAAAAAAAAUAAUAAAAAAUGGUUUAAAUAAAACCACUUUGAAUUAUGUUUGUGUUUGAAUGUGUGGCAAUUAUAGAGGGAUGUGAGAUGAAUACAUCCGUGUUAAGAUUUUCAUGAGCUGCCUGUUGUUGGUGUCAUUGUGUGAUUAUAUGUGGGAGUAGAAUGUGUGCUACCGAGCAUGUACACACACAUGCAUAGAUUUCACCGAGAGCUAAUCCAAUUCCCUUUGCAAAAUCUGCAUAAAGAUUAUGUACGUUUCUUUUUGAGGUCACACAUAUUUAUCUACAGAAACAGGGAGUGUGUGACACAACACUGCUUUAAUGAAAGCCUCAGUUUGUCUCACACAGAUAAGACUUAAGUAUUCAGGUCACAUUGUUGAAAUGUUGCAGUGUUGGG